AGAGAGAGAGAGAGAGAGAGAGAGAAGGAGGAGAAAGAAAACUUUUAUUUUUUCGUAUUCAAGUAUAUUAUAUAACUGUCUAUGCAAGUUUGUGAGCGCGCCUAUACACAAAUAUAUAUAUAUUUGUUGUAUUGCUAUCUGAAAUAUUACAAACCGAAAAUUUGAUUCUACAAGUAGUUUGCAGUUUGCUUUAUCGACAACAAAUAAAAAAAGAAGAAAUUUGAAUUAAAAAUUACCAUUUUUCUUCUUACAUCCCAAAUCUACUUCUGGGAGAGACUGGAGAAUAAAAGCAGUAAAUAAAAUGGACGUGAAAUGUUUCCUCUGGCUAAUCUAUAUUCAAGGUUUAUAUACGCUUAAAAGCGAAACUGUACAACAAAAGAAACUAACAAAGCACGUUUGCUAUCGAAAUACAACUUUGAAAAAUAUUAUAACUAUAGGAAUUGUUAUAUCUGGUCCUGAGUCGAAUGCUUUCGAUUCAAUUUGUUCAUCAAUUACAAAAUUUAUGAAUAAAAUUAAUAUUGAAUACAGAAAGAAAUUGGAUAGUAAUAGAUUACAAUUUGUGCUAAUGAGACAUACUCGAGAUCUUUCUUUAAAUAAAUUAUGGAAACUAUUUUGUAAGAAUAAAUCUGGAUUACUUCGUUUGAAGAUAAAUAGUCUCAUCUAUUUAGAAUAUAAUCAUUGGAACUUUAAAAAGAAAAACUCUGUUGAUUCUAGACUAUUACUUCAUUUUAUUAAAUUACAUAAAAUACCAACAAUCAUUUGGCAAAAUGAAGGAAUAAUACAGGCAAACAGAGGAGACUUGACUUUACAAUUAAUGCCGUCGAUUGAACAACAAGUAAAUGUUAUGUUAGAUUUUUUAUUGGAAUAUAAAUGGGCAACAAUAACAAUUAUAACAAGUAAAUUAACAGGAUAUAUACAAUUCGUUCAAAGUCUCAGAUAUCAAAUAAAUACCGAAAUGAAAUAUUUUCAUAUAAAAAUUCAGCAAAUUAUUCAUAUAUUUUAUACAAAGGAUAAAGAAUUAAUUGAAUUGCAAAUGAAAAAAAUUGAUAAAAAAACAUCAAACAUUCUUUUUCUCUACUGUUCAAGGGACGAAGCAAAUGAAAUAUUUAAAAUAGCCAACCAACUGGGUUUAACAGAGAAAAAAUUCGUAUGGAUAGCAGCUAAGAGUGUGAUUUCCCCUAUGGCGGCAAAAUUUAAAAUGAAAGAGCGUUUGGAUAGUUUGUUUCCUCUGGGAAUGUUUGGUAAGGAAGCUGUCAUGAAUCUAUAUUUUGAAUGGAAAAAUUCAUUCUUUCUCUAUCGUUAUCAUUACUCUCUGUUGAUAUUAUUCGUUUAUUUUAAUGCAGCUGUUCAAUUUAAGGAAGACGAGAAAGGGUUUUUCAAUAAUGGUAAUUCAAAGAGGAAAGUAGAACAGGUUAUCAAAAACAUUCAGAAAGGCAUAUCCAUCUGGAUUAAGGCUGUGGUUAAUAUUCACGAAACCAGCUCUAAAGAUAGACUAACGUUUCGACCUCAUUUCACAUGUAACAGGAAUGAUAACCUCUUUAACUGGAAUAAUAGUCAGAUAAUGUACGAUGAAAUGUUAAAUAAUAGCUGGUCUCUUAAACCCAAUUUAGAGUCUUUUCAAAUGAACCAUGACGGUACUCUGGCGAAUGCUGAGAUUAGUCUACUUAAUCUUGGAAUGUCUCAUAAAAGGGCAGAGAAAACAUGGAAGGAAAUUGGUUCAUGGAAUUCUAAAUUGAAGAAAUUACAGAUGACAAGGGUUACCUUUCCUGGUGGAAAAACGAAACCCCCCGAGAGUAAAACUCAAAGGCAACGUAUGAAAAUCGUAACUCUAGAGGAGAACCCAUACGUAAUAUACUCAAAUCCAAAUAAUGUUACUGGCAAGUGCCUUCCGCAUGCAAAACUUUGCCGUAUAGCUUCUAAAGAACAAGUGGCCGUGUCAACCGAAACGAUAAAUCCAAAUCACUAUCAGUGUUGUUCAGGCUUUUGUAUAGAUUUGCUCUUAAAACUCUCGAAGGAACUACAUUUCGAUUUUGAGCUAUUUCAAGUAAGAGAUGGAAAAUGGGGAGCUUACAAUACUGACAGGGGCGAGUGGAAUGGACUGAUAAAAGAUAUCCUAGACAAAGAAGCUGAUAUGGUGGUAACUUCCUUAAAGAUUAACCCGGAAAGAGCAGCGGCUAUUGAUUUUAGUGUUCCUUUUUUAGAAACUGGCAUUUCAAUUAUUGUUAGAGUUCAAGAAGGAGUGAUUUCUCCAACCGCUUUCCUAAAGCCGUAUGACAUGUACUCCUGGUGUAUCAUAUUGGCAUUUUGCGUCAAUGCUUCUGGUGUUGCAGUAUUUCUUUUUGAAUGGUUAUCUCCAUAUGGCUUAGAUAGGGGAUCAGGAGUACUAAAAGGUCAUCGUUUCUCACUAUUUAGAGCAUUAUGGCUUAUAUGGGCAAUAUUAUUCGGGGCAGCUGUUAACGUUGAUAACCCAAAAGGAAUGUCUAGUAAAUUUAUCGGCAGUAUAUGGGCUCUCUUCGCUAUGGUCUUUACGGCCAGUUACACAGCUAACCUUGCAGCUUUCAUGAUAACAAAAGAUCAUUAUGAAAAGUUGAGUGGAAUUCAAGAUUGGAGAUUGAUCAAUGCUAAACAAUUAAAACCACCGUUCAAGUUUGGUACAGUACCCGAUGGAAGUACAGAAACCAAUUUAAAGCACAAUUUUCCACAAAUGCAUGAAUACAUGAAACAGUUUAAUAAAUCUACAGUAAAACUUGGCGUAGAAGCUGUUAAAGACGGAUCAAUUAACGCCUUUAUUUACGACGCAACGGUCUUGGAAUAUAUAGCCUCAAAAGAUGAUGAUUGCAAACUAAAAACUGUGGGAGCGUGGUAUGCCAUGACUGGAUAUGGAAUGGGCUUUCCAAAAAAGUCUCCAUGGAAAGCCGUCAUUGACAGAUAUAUUCUAAAAUUCCAGCAAGAAGGAGAAUUAGAAAGACUACAAGAAUAUUGGCUAAGAGGCGGUUGUACAGCAGCUGAAGGUGGAGAGGAAUCUUCAGCCGAGUUAGGAGUACCAAAUUUUACAUCAGCCUUCCUACUAUUAAUUGCUGGAAUGCUGUUAGGCUUAAUUAUCCUUUUCUUGGAGCACAUGCUAUUUAGAUUUUGUCUUGAUAAAAUACGUGCCUAUGACAGAUGUGGAAUAAGUAAUCUAUUUAGUUUAUCUGUGGGUAAAUCCUCGGCUUUAGACGAAACAGUUAUGUCAGCCAUUAAAGAUCAGAGUAAUGCUAAAUGUACAAGCUCUUUCUGUGAGUUAAAAAAGAAGAAAUUGCAACAUCAAAUAGAUAAAUUAACAAAUGAAAAUACUACAUUGAAAAGAGAUUUAAGUUCUUCAGCUUCGUGCCCACGAGCCGCUAAAGAGAAUUAUAUGGAAUACAAUGGACCAAAAAUCAUUGAAGAAUAUGAAAUUUAUGAAGAAUCAUCAGUAUUUUACGAUAGCUCAGAUUCAAAUGAACUUGACAGCAACCAAGUGAUCAUGACCUUAUCAGAUAUUUAUACAGGAAGAGAAUCAACUACCCGGAGCGAAGUACAAACUCUUGUGUAAUGUUAUCUUUAUUAUCUACAGAAAUAAUCAUACAUUCCCUUUUUCAUGCAUUAAAGAUGUGCCAGCUUAGUUUUACUUUUUCUUGUCUUUUCUUUUUGCUGAUUAACCUUAUUAACC